UACGGCACAAACCUUACCUUGGCGAUCUCAUGGUGCACCUUAUGAAGGGCCGCUAUUUUAAUGGAUCGAAGUCAGUUGGUUCCAUGUUUGCUCAAAAAUUCAGCGAUAUCGCGAAGAAUAAAGCCGAACGGCCCGAGGUCCCCAUUCCUAUGGUCGCUUUGACCAGUACUUCAGUGUACGCGGCACUCUUCUGGAAGGCCCAGGGUGCUCCGACGAAAUUUAACUUCACAGGGAACCAGUUUAGUGAAGUAUAUUUCUUCCACGUGCAAUUUCUCGAGGAUCUGAAGGCGAACACACCUAAAAAAUUCCACAAACUCAUGGCGGAUAUUUUUGCUGCAAUACAGGAUCUCAUGCACACGAAGAAGGCUGCUGCCGAGAUGAAAACUGAUGCUCUCGCAUUUCUUGAUCUCGAUGGGAUGGACGAGUAG